AUGCGCAUCGCCCAGCUCCUGGCGCUGGCCAUCGCCGCUUGCACGAGCCGCGCCGAGGACGACGUCUGCAGCCUCAUUCCGGCCAAGUCGCUCGCCUUCUGCUCCAUGGUCGACUACGUGGCCGUCACGAGCGCCGACGACCCAACGGGCGCCGCCGCCGACGCCGACGCAGCCACCUACUACGCCAGCGUCGAAAAGAUCCUCGACCGCUUUGGCUGCAGCACCAAGUACAGCCUGUACAACUGCGAGGACUGCCGGGAUGCAUACAAGUACUGGGUCUGCGCCGUGCAGUUUCAGCGUUGCGGCGGCAGUGCCCGGACGGCGACAGCCAUUUGCCCGAGCGUCGCCGACGGCUGCGACCCCUUCCGCACGCGGACCUGCCUCUCCAUCUGCGAAGAUGUGAUCCGCAAGUGCCCGUAUGUGCUCAACUUUGCCUGCCCGGCCGAGGACACGGCGUACUUUUCGUCCGACUUGACCAACUGCAAUCGAUUGGACCGGACGGUCAACCCCGACAACCCGGCGCUCGGUUGGCCCGGCACGUUCGCCUCGAGCUAG